AUGGCGUCCUGCAUGUGGCUGCGGAGAGCCGGUACCGGGUCCGGGGCCGCGGGGCGGAGGCUGCGGCCGCUCCGCGCUCACAGCAGCAGCGGCAGAAGAAGCGGCGGCGGCGGCGCGGCUGAGGCGGCGCCGCCGCUGUUGGCAGUCAACGGCGAGACUGCAGGCACAUUGGAAAGCACGGUUACAAAGAAGACAUUUUCAGCCUUCCUAGCGGAAAGGCUUGAACAAGCAGAGCGCACUGUUUUGAUUAGCUGCCCUCCUAAUAUCAACGAGAAGAAAUUCUACAAAUACUUAUCGCAUUAUGGAACGAUCAACAAUUAUUUCUUCUAUGAAACUUUUGGUGCUUACGCAGUGGUAGAGUUUUCUGGGACGGAAGAUAUAGCAGCACUCAAAGAGUCUACCUGUAUCCCUCGUCUUCAGCAUGAAUGUGCUGUUCCCUUCAAGUCCAGGCUUUUCAACUUAAGAAAAAACAAUGUUGGUGAGCUCUCUACUGCACAAUCUUCUGUGCAGUGCCUGAAGCUGUCUGCCAUUCCCCACAGUGAACUUUUACGGAAGAUUUCAGGCGCUGAGACUAUCGAUCAACAGUUGCACACAGUGUGUGAAGAGUACCAGCUUACCGAAGAAAAUACGCGUCUGCGUUUUCUCGUGUGCUCCUUAGUGAAGGACAUUGCAGCCGCCUACUUUCCAGAAUGUUCAAUUAAACCAUUUGGGUCAUCAGUAAAUAACUUUGGGAAGAUGGGCUGUGACCUGGACAUGUUUUUGGAUCUAGAUGGCAUUUCUGGAAGAAAUAAUGUAAAGCCGACAGGUGCCUUCUCCGUAGAAUACCACACAAAAAGAGUGGCAUCAGAGCGGGUGGCAACACAAAGCAUCCUUUCAGUCAUCGGGGAAUGCAUUGACCAAUUUGCACCAGGAUGUGUAGGAAUACAGAAGAUCCUGAAUGCCCGAUGCCCUUUGGUGCGGUUUUCCCAUCAGCCUUCGGGAUUUCAGUGUGACCUAACGGCCAACAAUAGAAUUGCUAUGAGAAGCACUGAACUCCUUUACAUAUAUGCUGAUAUCGACCCUCGGGUACGAGCCCUGGUGUUCAGCAUUCGCUGCUGGGCCCGUGUCCAUGGCAUCACCAGCAGUAUUCCUGGAGCCUGGAUCACUAACUUCUCUUUGACCAUGAUGGUUCUAUUCUUCCUGCAGAGGAGGAAGUCCCCAAUCAUACAGACACUGGACCAGCUCAGAGACCUGGCAGGACCAAAAGAUAAACUUGCCAUAGGAGGUCAUGACUGCACCUUUGUAACUGAUGUCAGCAAACUAAAGCCAUCCCAAAAUAGAGAGACUCUGGAGCAACUCCUCCAAGAAUUCUUUGAAUAUUAUGGUAGUUUUCCUUUUAAAGGAAUGUCCAUCAAUAUAAGAAAGGGAAGAGAGCAGAACAAGCCUGAAGUGAGUCCUUUGCAUAUUCAGAAUCCAUUUGAGCAGAGUUUAAAUGUGAGCAAGAAUGUGAAUCAAACACAGCUGGACAAGUUUGUGAAAGCAGCUAGAGAAAGUGCCUGGAUAUUACAGCAGGAAGGAAUGAACCACUCCACCACAAAGAGUGAACACUGGGGCCUGGCAACUUUGCUUAUUCCUUCCACACAAGUGUCUGAAGGCAAGGGUAGAAAGAAAAGGCGAGAACCAGCUAGUGAACGGAUCAAACAUUUGUUGGAAUCGUUAAAGAGGACAAACAGACAAGUAAAAAUGUAAAUAGGCCAAACAAUGGUCGAAGGGACUUCUGUACUGUCGCACGUUAGAGACUCCCAAUAAGGAACAAAAUUAUGUGACUCCAAGUCUGAACAUCGUUCGGCCACAGUAAAACACCAGUAUAUUGGAAACCUCAGAUCUUGAUUAAUAUAACCAGGUGCCAGAAAGACAUCAGUGAACUGUUUUGAAAUAUUUAACCUAUUCACUUGUGCUUUUCUGUACGUUUUAAUUUAGUCUUUAACCAGUAACACUUUAAAUGUGUGUGUCUUGUCAAAGUGAAAACCAAUUUCAAAUCUUAUCUGAAUUUUUUUAAAAAUGGGGUUGUGUGCAUUCUCUAUUGUGUGCAGUACACUAUUUGAUCAAUACCAUGUUUUAACUGAGUAGCAAUUGACAUGGACAGCAUUAUUACUGAUGAGGACCGUUAAAUGGUAGUGACCUGGAACUGAAUAGUUGGCCGAAACUAUAGAGACCAUCCAUUUCUGCUUUACUUAUCUAAAAUUAUACAUUUCAUAUGUUUGCCCAGACUAUUUUUAAAAGAACCGAAGAAGAAUUACUUGCAGAUGCUGGAAAUCUGAAAUUAAAACUGAAAACAUG